AUGUUCCGUCCUCCACCAACCAUCAUUGAAAUAGGCACUGAUGAAGAUAUGCAGCAAUUCCAAGAGUAUGUUGAGAACCAGUCCGCUUUAUCUACUCCUUCAAUUAAACAAAAAGGAAUUUUUGAAUCCCCAGAUGUAAAAGCUCGCCCAAGACAAAUCAUAUCCACACCAACAGGACAAAUUGACAGCCCCAAUUAG